AUGCAACGACCUGAUCCAGACUUACGAGGGGCGGGACAAGCUAGCCAGGCUUUUCCAGUUCGCUGGCCGAGCCGUCAUGGGCCUGACCUCGGGGGCCACCCCCGCGCAGGUGCGGACCCGAUGGCUGAACGAGGCGGCCAGACAGCUGAUGAUCACCCUCGCUGGCUCCAGGCGCUCCUUCCGGAUCGGCCGGGAGCUGCCCGUGGUGCUGGGCCUGCCUGGGGACCUGGAGCUGCCGCGGCGGUCGGACAGGGCUCUGCGCCUCGCCGAGAGGGCGUCCCUGCUGGCGUUCCUGGCGAUCGACCACCUCGGCUGGUGGAAGCAGGUGCUCGGGGGCAUGCGCAGCGGCGCGAGGAUUUGACCAUCCAGCUGGGCCUGAAGUUCCUCGCCGUGUCGACGGCGCUGGCCGCCCUGGCCCGCGCGAGGGCGCUCCUCGAGCUGCAGCGGGAGGAUACCGAGGAGCGCGCCGCGCAGCGCCGGAGGCACGCCGUCGGCCUCUGCAGGAACGGCAUGAUGGCGGUGCAGGCCGCGCACCUGUCGCGGUGGUGGCUGACGGGCGAUUCUGUCUGCGGCCUUCUGGGCGUGACCACGAGCGCGAUCGGCCUGGCCCGGGUGAGGCGCGCCCGCGGCGCCCGCGCGGCGCCCGCGCUGCCGGCCGAGCUGCCUGCCGAGCUGCCGACGCCGGAGGGCCGCGCCGACGUCGCCGCUGUGCCCGCCGGGGCGGUCCCCAAGAAGGUGUCGCGGGCGCGCAGGAGGUCGCCAUGA